AGGUUGUCUGUACAACUUCCUUUCCACCGUGCCAUCACAAAAAUCACACCAAACGCACUCGCCGCACCUUCCCUCGCUCUCUCUCUCUCUCUCUCUCUCUAGAUGCUGUUCUAAACUCAGUGGUCUUCUUGUUUCUGAAACCCUUGCGCAUUGUCAUGGGGCUGAAAGGGAUGGCCCAGAAGGGCAAGGGCAUCUCCGAUAAGGGCAAAGGAAAAGCGGUGGCGGGAAAUGGGUCCUCCGGCGCCAAGAGGAAGUUCGAUGACGGGAAGGAGAAGUCCGCCGGAGGCGGCGGCCAGAGGGGGAAUGACUCCGGAGUCCUGAGGUUCUUCGACGACGCGGCCGCUGAGGCCGAUGGAAGCGAUGCCAGCGAUGAGAGUGACUUCAUCAAUGAUUUUAUGGAAGAAGAUCUUGACUCAGGACCAAAAGUCAAUAGUGUACCAGGAAACUCCUACAGCAUUCCAGUUAUUCCUAAAGAAGAGGAGAUGGAUGAGGAAGAAUUUGAUAAAAUGAUGGAAGAGAGAUACAAAAAUAGUUCUGCAUUUUUUACCUAUGCUGAAAAUAAUCAUGAAAACAAAACGUCCAUUGACAGAAAUUUAACGAUGCCUUCCGAAAAGGAUCCAAUCAUCUGGAAAGUCAAAUGUGCCGUUGGACGCGAGAGGUAUUUAGCUUUCUGUCUUAUGCAGAAGUAUGCUGACUUGAAAUCGAUAGGAACCAAAUUGCACAUAGUAUCUGCCAUUUCUGUUGAGCAUGUUAAAGGUUUUAUAUUUAUUGAAGCUGACAAGCAACCCGAUAUUAAUGAGGCAUGUAAUGGGAUUGGUGGUGUAUAUGCUUCUCGAGUAAUGCCAGUUCCAAGGAAUGAAGUUUCUCGUUUGCUCUCUGUCCGAAGCGAGUACAAUGAGAUUUCUGUUGGCAUGUGGGCCCGUGUGAAAAAUGGGAAAUAUAAGGGUGAUCUAGGACAGGUUGUGGCUGUGAACAAUUCACGAAAAAGAGCAACAGUGAAGCUGAUACCAAGAAUUGAUCUACUAGCAAUGACUGAAAAAUAUGGUGGAGGAAUUACUGCUAAGAGAACAUCCAAUCCAGCACCUCGAUUGAUUAGCUCAAGUGAACUUGAAGAGUUCCGCCCUCUUAUUCAGACCAAGCGCGAUCAAGAUACUGGGAAGGUUUUUGAAGUUCUUGAUGGUAUGAUGAUCAAGGAUGGGUUUUUAUUCAAGAAAAUACCCAUAGAUUCAUUAAGUUGCUGGAAUGUCGUUCCAUCGGAAGAGGAGAUUCUGAAGUUUAGAACUUCUGAGAACAAUGAAUCUGAUAAUGCGGAGUGGCUUUCACAGCUAUAUGGUGAGCGGAAGAAAAAGAAGGUCAAUAAUGAUGUCCGAAUGCAAGGGAAAGGAGAGAGCUCGUCAGGGCCUAUUUCAACAAAUAGUUUCGAAGUGCAUGGUCUUGUGUGUUUUGGCCGGAAAGAUUUUGGGGUCAUUAUAGGCAUGGAGAAAGAUGAUAGUUACAAGAUUCUCAAAGAGGGACUUGACAGUCCUCUAGUGGUCACUGUUCAACAAAGUGAGCUAAAGAGUGGGCCGUCCAAAAUGAAAUUUACAGCCUUAGAUCAUCGCAUGAAAAGCAUAUGCGUUAAUGAUACUGUCAAGGUUACAGAAGGACCAUUUGAGGGUAAGCAGGGUAUUGUUAAGUUGAUAUACAGAGGGAUCAUUUUUUUGUAUGAUCAGAAUCAAGAAGAAAAUGGUGGUUAUUUCUGCUGUAAAUCUAGAAUUUGUGAGAAAAUCAAGCUUUCUAUUGAAACUUUUAAUGAAAAGGGCAAGGAAUCAGAUUCUGUUGGUUGUGAAGAUUUUUUUUCAUCGUCCCCUAAAUCCCCUUUAUCACCUGAAAAGCCACCUCAAGCACGGGAGUUUAACCGUGACUUCAAUCAACCUGGUAAUGAUGGGACUUUCUCUAUUGGUCAAGCUUUAAGAAUCCGCGUGGGACCAUUGAAGGGAUACCGCUGCCGCGUCUUAGCUAUACGUCGUUCUGAUGUUACGGUUAAACUUGAGUCUAAGCAGAAGGUUCUUACAGUUAAAAGUGAGCACCUUUCUGAGGUUCAAACAAGAAGCUCUGUUGUGUCUCUUAGUGAGGAUCCUGGAUCUAGUACUUUUGAUAUGCUUGGAAACGAAGGAGGCUCUACAGAAGGUGGAGCGGCAGGAGCCAGUGAUGGGUGGAAUGUUGGAGGGCCAUCCGGUGAAAGGAGUUCAUGGCCUACUACCUCUGCUUCAGGCUUUUCGGUUCAACCAGAUUCUGGCUGGGGAAAUCCUUCAAGUUCGAAUGAUGGGGUUAAAACAGAUGUGGAAGAUGCUUGGGCGAGCAAGCUGACUCCAAAGAAGAAUACAUCUUGGGGUGCUGAAGCAGCUGACAAUGUAGCUGGUGGGUGGGGUGAAGCAACUACCGAAAAGAAUCAAGCUGUUGGCUGGGGAUCAAGUAUGGACUCUAAGGAGAAAGAUUCUUCAAAUGAUGCUUCAGCUUCCUGGGAUAAGAAGAAUAAUGUGAAUAGCGACCAGGAUCUUGGAAGACCAUCCGAGGAUCCUUGGGAUAAAGGAAAGAAUGCAAGCAACAAUUCAACUGGUGGCUGGGGUGUAAUAACUACUAAAAAGAAUCAAGUUGGUAGCUGGGGUGACGCAUCUACUGAAAAGAGUCAAGCUGUUGGCUGGGGCAGUAUGGACUCAAAGGAGAAAGAUACUUCAAAUGAUGCUUCAGCUUCCUGGGAGAAGAAGAAUGAUGUGGAUGGUAACCAGGAUCAUGGAGAAAAAUCCGAGGACCCUUGGGCUAAAGGAAAGAAUGCAAGCAACAAUCCAGUUGGUGGUUGGAGUGAUGCAACAACUGAAAAGAAUCAACUGGAUUCUUGGGGCAAAGGUAAAAGUGUAGUUGAAGGAGGUACAUGGGAAAGUAAAAGUGGAUUUAGUGCUAGUAAGGAUGGCUCCAAUGAUACACCUCAACAGAAAUCCUGGGACACAGGGAAACAUAAAACCAGUAGUUAUGCAUCAACUUGGGGCAAUGAUCAGCAGUCACAAGAUAUUGAAUGGGGGAAGAAAAGUGCUGGGAACUCUGAACCUGGUGGUGGUUGGAACAAGAAAAGUAAUUGGAACUCGGAUGGUGGUGACAAAGGUGGCACUCAAGAUUCUAACUGGGGAAAUAAACCCAACUGGAAUUCUGACAUCGGUGGCUCAAAAUCGGACCGUGAUUCAGGUUGGGGCAAGAUAAGUGGGUGCUCUAGUGAUGGUGAUCUUAAACAAGAUAACAAAAGCGAGGCUGACACUGGGAAUGUUUGGAACUCUAAAUCUGGUGGCACUAGUGGAAAUCAGGAUUCUGGUUGGGGAACUAAAAGUAAUUGGAACUCUGACUCUGGUGGUACUUCUGGAAAUCAGGAUUUUGGUUGGGGAACUAAAAGUAAUUGGAACUCCGACUCUGGUGGCACCAGUGGAAAUAAUUCUGCUUGGGGCAAGAAAAGCGAUUGGAAUUCUGAAUCUGGUAAUGCAGAUCAGAAGUCUCACUGGGGUAGCAAAAGUAAUUGGAGCUCUGGAAGCACCUGGGGGAACCAGUCAAGAGAUGCUGGAAAUGAAGACCAAACGGAGGCAUUCAAUGAGAAGCCAAGUGGUGGGAACUGGAGAGGAGGUUUUGGAGGUAGAGGUGGGGAUAGGGGAGGUUUUGGUGGCAGAGGCAGGGAUAGAGGAGGAUUUCGCGGGAGAGGCGGGGAUAGAGGAGGAUUUCGUGGGAGAGGCGGGGAUAGAGGAGGCUUUGGUGGUAGAGGUAGAUCGGACAGAGGAGGCUUUGGGGGUAGAGGUGGAUCAGAUAGAGGAGGCUUUGAAGGUAGGGGUCGUGGAAGGAGGGAUGAAAGUGGUGGCUGGAACAAUAGAGAUUCUGGUGGGAAUGGUUCUUGGUGGAACAAAGGGGAAGACAAUUCUGGCGAGGGAAGUAGGAAUAAUGAUAGUGCUGGAAGUUGGAGUCAAAUGGUUGGUUCCAAAAGUGAGUGGCAGGGUGGAAGUGCAGGAAGCACAGAGAGUAAAAACGCAUCUGGUGGUUGGAGCACCCAAGGGUCAAGGUGGAGCCAGUCAGCAGCGGACAAAGAUGGUGGUAGUUGGGGCAAAGGAACAGGCUCAAGCUCUGGAGCUGGUGGAGGUUGGGGAAAUAAAGAUCAAGAGGCUGGCUGGAAAGGAUCGAAUUCAACUGCACAAGCUGGCAUUUGGAACACAGGAACCGACUCAAGUACUGGUCAUGGUGGAAGUUGGGGAAACAACUCUAAGUCACAUGGUGCUUCUGGAACGGCUCAGUGGCAAGGCUCGAGUCCUAAUGAUCAGGAUGGUGACUGGAAAGGACAAAAUUCCGGCAGUUGGAGCAAAGGAACCGGCUCAAGUACUGGAGGUGGUGGAAACUGGGGGAACAACUGGAAAUCAUCUGGUGAUUCUGGUGGGCAGCAGCCAAAUUCAACUGCUGCUGAGCAAGAGGGUGGCUUCAAAAAACCGAGUUCACAAGGGGGCAGUUGGGGUAAAGCAACUGGCUCAAGCACUGGACAAGGUGGUAGUUGGGGCAAAGGAACGGGCUUAAGUUCUGGAGGUGGUGGAGGUUGGGGCAAAGGAACGGGCUCAAGUUCUGGAGCUGGUGGAGGUUGGGGUAAUAAAGAUCAAGAGGCUGGAUGGAAAGGAACGAAUUCAACCACUCAAGGUGGCAGUUCGAACACAGGAACUGACUCAAGCGCUGGUGGUGGUGGGAGUUGGGGAAACAGUUCUAAAUCACCUGGUGCUUCUGGAGGGUCUCAGUGGCAAAGCUCAAAUACUACUGAUCAAGAUGGCGGCUGGAAAGGAAAAAACUCUGCCAGUUGGAAGAAAGGAAACGGCUCAAGUACUGGAGGUGGUGGAAAUUGGGGGAAUAACCAGAAAUCACCUGGUUAUUCUGGAGGGGCCCAGUGGCCAAGCUCAACUGCUGCUGAUCAAGAGGGUGGCUUCAAAGGAGGGAGUUCACAAGGGGGCAGUUUGGACAAAGGAACUGGUUCAAGCACUGGAGGAGGUGGAAGUUGGGGGAAUAAUGGGAAAUCUGCUGGUGCUUCUGGAGGAUCCAGCUGGUCUAUGUCAACUCCUACCAAUCAAGAGGGUGAUUGGAAAGGACAGAGUGCGCAAGCCGGAGGUUGGAACAAAGGGACUGGCUCGAAUACUGCAGGUGGUGGAAGUUGGGGAAAUAAUGGGGAAGGAUCAAGUGCACAAGCCGGAGGUUGGAGCAAAGGAACUGGCUCGACUUCCGCGGGUGGUGGAAGUUGGGGAGAUAAUGGAAAAGCACCUGGUGCUUCUACUAAUCAAGAUGGUGGCUGGAAAGGUCCAAGUUCAACUGUGAAAGCCGGAAGCCGGGGCAACCAAGGAUCAGAUGGGAACAGUGGUGGAGGUUGGAACAAAGAUCAAGCGGGGGUUUCUACUCAACCUAGUGCUGCAGACACAGAUCGCUCUAGUGAUGCAAAAGAAAGAACUGAUGGAAGUGGAUCCACCGACCCAUGGGGUAAAGCAGCAGACAAAUCUUGGGGCAGCGGUGGUGGUAAAGGAGGAUGGUAACCGCUCUGCAAAUUCUGUUUUGGUUACCUAACAACUAAUGACUGUAAAUAAUGUUCUUUUCUCUCAGUUAGGAAGGGGCCUAGUGCCUGUUUUCUAAACCUUGAACAGUGUGUUUUGAAAGUCCUAAACUGAUCUUUAUUUUGAGCUCUCUGAGUAUUAGGUAGACUGAAGAAUCCUGGCUGUAUGGCUCAGUUACUGUUUAUUAAAAUCAAUAUGCAUUUGAUGUUGCCUUGUACA